UCACACCAGAUACAUCCAGAACGCAGACAUGGCUCCGUAAAGGUGCACAUGGCGGCUAACAGCCAUGAACCAAAAAACAACUCACCAAAAACUACAGAUGCAUCUCCGAUCUGAUUGAUUUUCGACCGAUCAAUAUACACAUCCGUCGCAAUAUCUCUUCAAUCCGGUUUUCAAUACUCGGGAGAAGCUGCUCGCAACUCUCUCCAUAUCCACCAGACAAUUUCAGUAAUAACAGUUAAUAUCACACCCCGAGGCAGCAGUUAUGGGUGUGCAAGGUUUCCAGGAGUACAUCGAGAAGCAUUGCCCUAACGCCGUGGUGCCGGUGGAGCUCCAGAAGCUCGCGCGAGGAAGUCUAGUCGGCGGCGGCCGGCAGAGACCCCCUCAAACUCCGCUGCGGUUGCUUGUGGACGCCGAGAACUGUCUGCACCGGCUGUACGGAGGAUUUUACACCGACUGGGUGAGCGGGGGCCAGUGGAACCACAUGCUCGGGUAUCUCGCGGCUCUCGCUAAAGCCUGUUUCAACGGCAACAUCGAGCUGCUAGUGUGCUUUAAUGGCGCCCUGGAAAAAGGCCGCCUCCACGAGUGGGUCAAGCGACAGGUGAACGAGAGGCAGACCGCUCAGCAGAUCAUCAGCCACGUCCAGAACAAGGGAACCCCGCCGCCCAAGGUCUGGUUCUUGCCUCCGGUGUGCAUGGCCCACUGCAUCCGCCUGGCGCUCCUCAGGUUUCGUAUCGGGGUUGUCCAGACCACCGAGGACCAUCACCAGGAAGUAAUUGCCUUAUUCAGAGAAAAUGGGUUCCAUGGUUUGGUGGCCUAUGAUUCUGACUACGCCCUGUGCAACAUCCCAUACUACUUUAGUGCUCACGCUCUGAAACUCAGCCGUAAUGGCAAAAGCUUGACCACCAGCCAAUACCUGAUGCACGAAGUUGCCAAGCAGCUUAAUCUCAAUCCAAAUCGUUUUAUCAUAUUUGCUUCACUUUUAGGUAAUCACAUACUGCCUGAUGAAGACUUGGCUGCCUUUCACUGGAGUUUACUAGGUCCUGAGCACCCUUUAGCAUCCUUGAAGGUCCGUGCUCACCAGCUUGUCCUUCCUCCCUGUGAUGUCGUCAUAAGGGCCGUGGCCGACUAUGUCCGCAGCCUACAAGAUGUCAGUGACCUGGAGGCUAUUGCUAAAGAUAUAUUUAAGCACUCUCAGUCCAGAACAGAUGACAAAGUCGUACGUUUCAAACAAGCAGUGGAGUAUUACACCACCGCGAGCAAACCCCUCCACUUCCCGCACUAUUUAGUCAGACCAAAUCAGAUGGGAGGGCCAGCAGCACCACAGAUGCUUAACAUUCCACAGACCUCCCUUCCUGGCAAACCUGGGGUCCAGCAUUGCUUUUCUGGCCCUCCAAUGGGCGAAGACGCACAUGAAUUGGACGCAUCGGGUAAAGGGCUCCUAGAUCAGAACAACUACAGCAACAUUCCUCACGACGGGAAGGAGCACACGCCACUGUACGAGAGGUUGUCCCCCAUCAACCCGGCUCACGGCAGCAGCUCCAACCACGUGGAUCCGGCCUUCUUUACCACCUCCUCCACCUCGUCCUCUUCAGAGAAUGAGGAAAACACCGGCUCCACUGCCAAUCAUGUAAGUGACCAUAAGGGAUGGGACAAGCAGAGAAAUCAGAUGGACAACAUCCCAGAAGACAAUGGGGACCAAAACACAUCUGAUCCUUCUGUGACCUCCCCUGUCAACCAAGGCCUGGAGGUCAGAGAUCACGUAGGGGUCAACGCCCAGAUCCCAUCCCUUCUUUCGAUGCCAACGAGAAACCACAUGGAUAUUACAACUCCUCCUUUACCCCUGGUGGCACCUGAGGUGCUGCGGGUCGCUGAGCACAGACACAAAAGGGGACUCAUGUACCCGUACAUCUACCAUGUUCUCACCAAGGGUGAGAUUAAGCUAUCAGUCACCAUUGAGGAUGAAGCUAACAAAGACCUGCCCUCUGCGGUGCAAUUGUACCGGCCAAUCCGUCAGUAUGUUUACGGGGUUCUCUUUAGCCUCGCCGAGGCCAAAAAGAGGGCGGAGAGACUCGCCAUGAGAAGGAAUCGCCUUCCUGAAUAUCCAGCAGUGAUAAUAAAAGAAUGGGCGGCUUACAAAGGCAAAUCUCCACACACCCCUGAACUAGUGGAGGCUCUUCCCUUUAGAGAAUGGACCUGCCCUAACCUGAAGAAACUCUGGCUGGGCAAGGCAGUAGAGGACAAGAACCGGCGGAUGAGGGCUUUCCUGGCCUGUAUAAGGUCAGACACUCCAGCCAUGCUGAACCCUGCCAAUGUUCCCACCCCACUCAUGGUGCUAUGCUGCGUGCUACGGUUUAUGUUACAAUGGCCAGGAGUAAGAAUUUUGCGUCGUAACGAACUUGACGCUUUCCUAGCUCAAGCACUUUCUCCUAAACUUUAUGAGCCUGACCAGCUGCAGGACCUCAAGAUUGACAACCUGGAUCCACGUGGCGUUCAGCUGGCUGCUCUUUUUAUGAGCGGCGUGGAUAUGGCACUGUUUGCCAAUGACGUUUGCGGGCAGCCCAUUCCCUGGGAGCACUGCUGUCCGUGGAUGUACUUUGAUGGCAAGCUGCUACAGAGUAAACUCAUCCUGGCCAACAGGGACAAGGCCCCCCUCAUUGACCUCUGCGAUGGUCAGACGGAGCUGGUUGCCAAGGUGGAGAAGAUGCGGCAGAGUAUCCUAGAGGGUCUAAACUUCUCUCGGCCACCCCUGCCCAUCACGUUCCCCCCUCCUCCUCCACACGCUAUGCCUUUCUACCCUCCCAACAGCACCUUCUACCCUCCACCACCUCUGCCCCCAUUGCAGGGUAGAGGCAGGCGCAUACCUGUAGGUCUUCAAGCCAUGUCCUCACAGGGUGGUAAGCUUGAGAUCGCAGGCACAGUAGUUGGUCAGUGGGCUGGAACUCGUCGUGGAAGAGGAAGAGCUCCUUUUCCCAUACAGGUGGUGUCAGUUGGUGGACCAAACAGGGGCCGUCCAAGAGGUGUGAUUUCCACUCCUAUUAUAAGAACCUUUGGUCGAGGAACUAAAUUCCACACGAGAGGUUUUAAGAGUCAAGGAACAUACCAGACCAUGCCAUCAUAUGUUGCCUCAACCAAUGACGUGUUUAAAGACAAAAAGAAGCCCAAGCUGGUGGAUAAAACCGCACAUCUGACCUCCGAAGGGUCCACGGCAGCAGAGAAUGGCUUGGAGGGUAAAGAAGCAGACCAGCUCGAUGGAAACAUAGGGGAAAGCGCCCCUAACCAACCUGAAAGUGCCUUUAGCAACGAAUCUAAAAUGUGCAAUACAAAUCCUCAUUUAAAUGCACUAAAUGAAGACAGUGAGGCCCACAGAGAUGAAGCUCUAGGAGCUGCUGUCUUAAAAACAGAAGAGUAAAACUAUUUUUAUAGAGAGGGUGAUGGUUGAUGGAGGAUUGACGGAAGGUUAAAAGUUAGGGAAAAUAUGGAAGGAUGAAGGCCUACAGUCGGUGUACAUUUUUCCUCUCCGAGAGCUCUACAUGAGGACUUUGAAAUUGUUGAAAUCCCUCUAUGAUGUCAACAAGUAAAAACCAGAAGUAAACCAGACGAGUAAACAAGUCAUAUAGGGAAUUUAACCAGUUUAAUGAUGAAAGACUGUGUUCUCCCUCGUCACUGAUAGGAUGUGUUUCAAACUGGUUACAUGAAUUUAUUUUACUCUAUGAAACUUCAGAAAUCGAAAUACUAAUUUUCACUUGCCAGUCUUUUAGUUUAGUAAGAUGAGAUCCAAGUACCAGUACUAGGCACCAUAUAUAGCCUAUAAUUGCAUCGUAAUUGAGUUUGUAUUGUCACAGUAAAUGCUUUUUUAUUGUUUGAGGACGUUAAACUCACAAUUGACAAAAAACAAGAACACUUUUCUUGUGUCAUCACGUGGGUUUAUGCGUGUUUGAAAAUGUCCUGUUGUUUUGACACAAGUAACUAGUAUUAAUUCUGCAUCUUAAGUUCUGAUGAGUUCAAUAAGUCAUACAUUAGCGAUAUAUAAGUAAUAUGUCAAGAAAUGGUUAGAAAAAUCUGCAGAUGAUCUAUUGAAAAACACCAAUGUCUCUUGCCGUGUUAGAAGUCGCCAUGCAUCAGUGAUCAACGAUCAAUGUGAUUUCUUGAAUCGAAUAUAGAACAUUAGUGCAGCUGUCUCGGCUAGACUUUCUGCAUGGCUCACAAUAAUAAAAAAAAGGUGUGUAGUUAUAAUGCAUGUUGUCCUAUUUCUUCCUUCAUUACAAAUACUGUGCCCAUCUGCAAAAUUUUAAAAAGGCUGAUAAUCCGUAAUAGUCCAUUAAAACUAUUAACUGUUAUUUGCUAUAACCUUAAGUUUAUUUUUGUGAUUUAUUGACCUCUGUUGUAUUUACUCAAAAACAUUAUCUAGCCACUUUAAAAAUAUUGUUAAUCCUGGUGUGAUCAUCACUGUAGACAUUAUUGUUCUCUGUUUCCGCAUUCACACUAGCAAACCAUCUCUGAAAAAAAUGAUGUCUAAAAAAUGGCUUUGAUCUUAAAAUCUCCCCCUUUUCUUAGCUCGGGACAAGUUCGCGAAACAUUUGACCCUCCCGUUCGAGAGUUUAGCCUAAGCAAGUAUCUUGUAAUCAUUUUGAUGUUUACUUUAGUGUUUUCGGAACGUAUUGUACUAAGAAUCAUUACUUCUCCAUCUAAUCCUCCUGAUGCUUUCCAUUGCACAUUAGUGAUCAGAAAUAUGGUGUAUUCCCCUCAGCCCCCUGCCGCAAGUCUAAGUAGGUUACCUUGAUGUAAGUUGAUCGGAGUUUCUUCCUAACUCGUGGGUUGUAAAGGAAUGAACUACUGUUGGGUUUGAGUGACUGUUGAUGGAUUGUGGUGUGUUGUAUUUGAAAGAAAUUGAAUGCAACUUACAAUGCUUAAUAAAAGUCUUUAUUCUUUUAGAAUAA